ACGUGCAUGCUCUAGUGUCGCAGUAGGUCGAUCCAGCAGCACACGGUCGGAGUGCUAGCUGAGGCCUGUCAGCCAGUGUGUGAGCUCGAUCGCGAGAUGGCUCCGUCGUCUUCUUCUUCUCGUCCUGUACAUCUCCACAGCUUUAGCGUGCGCGUCCUACUGCUAGUGUUGGCGUGCCUCGUGUCGGCCGCUACGCCGUCGUCCGCGUUUCGGUGGUCGUGGAUGCCGAUAGGCCGGGGGAAUAAUAGUAAGAACUACGGGCACGACUACCGCGACGCGCUGUCCAAGUCGAUCCUCUUCUUCGAGGGGCAGCGGUCCGGGCGGCUGCCGGCCGACCAGCGCGCGGCGUGGCGGGGCGACUCGGGCGAGUCGGACGGCGGCGGGGCCGGCGUGGACCUGGAGGGCGGGUACUACGACGCCGGCGACAACGUCAAGUUCGGGUUCCCCAUGGCGUUCACGGCCACCAUGCUGUCCUGGAGCGUCAUCGAGUUCGGCGACCUCAUGCCGCCCGCCGAGCGCCGGCACGCCGUCGCCGCCGUGCGCUGGGCCACCGACUACCUCCUCAAGACCAUCGCCCACCCCGGCGUCCUCUUCAUCCAGGUGGGAGACCCGUGGAAGGACCACGAGUGCUGGGAGAGGCCGGAGGGCAUGGACACGCUGCGCACGGUGUACAACGUGACCGCGCCACGGACGGGGUCGGACGUGGCCGGGGAGACUGCGGCGGCGCUGGCCGCGGCGUCCAUCGUGUUCCGCGGCGACGGCGCUGACGAGGAGUACGCCGAGCGGCUGCUCGCGGGCGCCAAGACGGCGUUCGAGUUCGCCGACGCUCACAAGGGCGCCUACAGCGACGACCCCGGGCUCAGGGCAGGUGGCUGCCCCUUCUACUGCGACUACAACGGUUACCAGGAUGAGCUUCUGUGGGGGGCGGCGUGGCUAAGGAGGGCCUCUGGGGACGACACAUUCCUGAAGUACAUCAAGGACAACGGCAAGACCCUCGGGGCAGAGGAAGGCUUCAACGAGUUCGGGUGGGACAACAAGCAUGCCGGUCUCAACAUCCUCGUGGCCAAGGAGUUCAUGGACGGCAACGCGCUGUCUAUGGAGUCUUUCAAACAGUCUGCAGACAACUUCAUUUGCACGCUCAUCCCGCAAUCCUCGUCGCAGCACAUCCAGUACACACCUGGGGGGCUGAUCUACAAGACUGGAGGCAGCAAUAUGCAGCAUGUCACCUCCUUUUCCUUCCUGCUCCUAACCUAUGCCAAGUAUCUCUCUAAUUCCUCUCACACUAUCAACUGCGGGGGCAUUUCAGUUGGUCCAGAAACUCUUCAGCUUCAAGCCAAAAAACAGGUUGAUUAUAUAUUGGGAGAUAAUCCGAUCAAAAUGUCCUACAUGGUCGGGUACGGCGACCGAUAUCCUCAGCGGAUCCACCAUAGAGGAUCAUCGUUGCCUUCGAUCAAGACGCAUUCCCAGCGAAUGGCGUGCAAAGAUGGCACGCCUUACUACGAGUCAUCUAACUCGAACCCUAACCCGUUGAUCGGUGCGGUCGUUGGGGGGCCAGGUGAGGAUGAUUCUUAUGAGGACAACCGUGCUGAUUUCAGGAAAUCUGAACCGACUACCUACAUCAAUGCUCCCUUAGUAGGCGUUCUUGCCUACUUUGUUGCCAACCCAAACCCAGGCCAUAUCAGACACUGAGCACUGGUAUCUGGCUAUGUAGAUAUACAGGAGUGUCAAAAGUUACAAAUAGGUAGAAGUGAAACAAAGCAAAGUAGGUUUCCCCCGCAAAAGAAGAAACAAAGUAGGUUUGUGUUUAGAUGGCACAACAUAUUCAUGGGAUUGGAAUCAUUGGAUUGCAGACCGUGGGGUGUAUCAAUUAAUAAAUGAAAGCUUACCUUCCAAUGUU